AUGGGGCUGCAACAUGAGCUAUCAACGACUUCGUUGCUAAAACUCUGCUCGUUUAUCUUUUGGGGUUGGUCCUAUGUAUGCUGUGCUUAUAACUCGCCAGAGAAAAAUCCGGAAUGGUCCUCCAGGGUGAUUACCCUGCUUCAUGGCAGUGUGGCAACUGUGGCUGGGCUGUGGCAAUGUGGUGUGACAACUAUUACAAAACAUUCUCUCACUUCAAAAAUCACAGUAGCCCAUUACGCUCUAAUGCUGUGGUCGUGGGGCUACUUCGCAUUUGAUUUGGUGUGGUGCCUUAUAUACUGGUCUAAUAGCUACGUCAUACUUUGCCAUCAUUUGACUGCUUUGAUUGGGGUCAAUAUUUACAUGACCAAGGACUACACGGGAUGUACGUUCGCCUGCACACUAGCUCUGAUGGAGGUUACCAAUCCACUUUUGCAAACGCGAUGGCUUCUGAAAAAUGAAGGUUAUGGUCAAACGAUGCCAUUUUACAUAAUUGAGAUAAUAUAUCUGUUGAUGUUUGUAUCUCUAAGAGGACCGUUCUGUACCUAUCUCAUAUUCAAAAUCCUUAAAUCAGACAUAUUGGAUACAGAUGAGAAGAUAGUAUCUGUUGUACUAUAUUUGGUGUCCCUUGAAUUGAUCUAUGAAAUACUUAGCUAUGUCAUGUACAAGUAUAAAAGUAAAAUAGACACAUUCCGGGGAUUAGCUAAUGAACUUGGUGUAGUAUUAAAUGAUAUGCCAUAA